AUGCCAUUCGAAGACUCCAUUCCAACGGACGGUCAUUAUGAGGAUGAUGAAGAAGAAGAGUAUGAGGACCACGGGGCGGAGGAGGAGGAAGAGCAGGACGGUCACGCCGCCGACGAGAUAUCCUUUCGCGACACGAAGAGCGACCAGGUGCUCUCCAGUCAGGUGGUGGCAGUCCUCAGCGAGCUCGGUCACUACAAUCGCGUCACGAACACGUACCAGCUCAAUCAGAACGACGCCAACGCCUGCCUGCGCGAUCUGAUUCGCUUCCUUCGCAAUGAUGGCGCCAACUUUCUGGUUCGCCGGCAAAUGGGCAUCUCCAACAUCGUCAACAAUGACCUGCUGCCCAUUGUGGAGCAGCACACCGUCAACAUGGACACCGGCGCCAUCACCGAGGCGGGCAAGUCGAUCAUGGACAAGACCAUCCGCCUGCUGGUCGAUCUAACCAAUCCCACCAUGUUGCACUACAAAAAUCAACAAGUACCAAAGGAGGACAAACACGAGGCAAAAAUUUACCUGGAGCUUCAAGAGUUGCUCUUUCGCUACAAGGUGUCCUUUGCGAUGCACAAGCGCUUCUGGAUCGUCCUUUCCAAGCACUUGACGCGAAUUCUCGCUCUUGAUGAGUCUGAACGGCAGGUUGAAGAUGGCUUACUCUUUGAGCGGAUCAUUGUUUUGAUUCGUAACGUCCUGCACAUUCCAAUAGUGGACAGCUCAACGUUGAUCGACGACGAUGUCACCGUCCAGGAUCGUAUCAUUGAGCAGCUGCAUCAGUCAAAUGUUCUCGACAUUCUUCAGUUCAUGAUUCAAGGGGAAGAGCAUCGUGACUUUUGUUUUCAUUUGGUGGAAAUUAUCUUUCUGAUGCUGCGAGAGCAAAACGCCGAGUUCCUGGCAAAGUCCGUUGACGGCGACCCUCUGGCUUCGAAGCACCUGGACAGCAUUACUCGAGAACAGCUGCUCGCCUCCUCCGGGCGAAGUCAGUACGAGCGUGAAUACGAUCGACGGGAAAUUGAUGAGAUUCGCGAGCGAGACCGCCAACUGUCCGCCGACGUAUUGGCCAUGGCAAAGGCGAAAACGGGAACCUCUCGGCUGGCCCGUCCAACCUACGUCGUGAAGAACUUGAAGUCCAUCUCCGACCACGACAUUAUCUGUCACCAGCCCUUCCUCAAUCCCGAGGUGGAGAUUGACUUCAACAAGAACAAGUCGGCGAAGAUUCGGCCACGCAAUCACCGGCCCAUGCAGGAGAACAUGGACAACUCUGACGCCCUCGGUGUGCAGCGAGUUCACCGCUCCAGUCGCAAACUGCGCCUCAUUCUGCACCAGUUCUGCGACAACUUUCUCUCCGAGUGCUACAACGACUUCAUGCUGACGCUGCGCUCCAAUCUCAGUCGCGGCAGUGCCAUGGACAACGACGAGACGUACUACCUCUGGGCGAUGCAGUUCUUCAUGGAGUUCAACCGUUGUCGGCCGAAGGCUUCCGCGGAGGACCGGUACCGCCACGUGUACCAGACGCUGGCCACCUCCACCUUUCACUACCUGCAGACACUGGUGGACAACUACAUUGACCACCUGGCGCAGAAGAAGCUCUUCAAGCUGGAGCUCGGCGACUGGGCGAAGCGGCUGCACUGCGCCCUGCGCAGCUACAAGGAGAUGCUCUUCUCGCUGUCGGCCAUCGAGCGCCUCGGUCUUCCGGAGGCGGCCAAGAUGUGCCACCGAAUUAAGCAGGACAUCUUCACGGAGCCGGACUACCGCGAGCUGCUGCUGAAGCUGCUACUCUGCUACAACGAGGAGCGAAUGUCGAAGGCCUACCUGAGAGACCUCAUCGAGACGAAUCACAUCUUUCUGAAGAUGCUGGAGUACCACGCAAAGAUCAGCUAUGACUUCAAGAUCAAAGUUAAGAGCACUAGACGGAAGAGGUCUAAAAAGAAUGCAAAGAAAGGAGAGGAUGCUGAGAAAGACAGCUCGAAUGAGCCGGCCGAAUCUGAUGUCCCAGUUAACCCGGAAGAGCUGUGGAUUGAACUUCUCGAUGAGGUCUCCAAAACACUGAACGCCGAAAAGCUGUCGGAAGAGUCGGUCAUUGGCACUUUUGAGGAGUUGCGCGAGCUAUUUGAUCCGCUGAACGGCGCCAACAUUGAGGACCAAAAGCUCGGCUCAAUGAGGCGAAUUUGCGGUCUUUUACGGCAAAAGCAAGUGGAACCGGCUGUACGGCUGUUUCGUGAAACUCGCAAUGUUCUGAGCGGACUGGACGAGGAGAACACCUUUGGAGAGUUUGACAUUCUGCCUGAGGACGAACUGUUGGCGCUUAAUGCAAUCAUGAUGACGGAUUUUCCGGAGGAGGAGAAGAAGAAAAACGUUCAGGGAGCUGAUGGCGAUGAAGACGGCGGAGAUGAAGAGGAAGAGGAGGAGGAGGAGAAUGCUGUUCACGUUAAAGAGGCGACAUUUACUAUUGAGGACACGGUGAAGAAGUACGCUCACCCGAAUGUGCUCAGAGCGUAUCGCCUAAUACUGAAGAACUUUCGCGCAAAUAGCGUCCUCACGAAUCACUCCAUCGUUCGAAUGUUCGCCCGAGUUGCCGUUGAUCUGAAGAUGCCGCCCAUGUUUUACAACUUUGGCUUCUUUCUGGUCUUUGAAAAGAUUCUCAGCGACCCAGUGCUUAAACUGAAGUCCUCCUCCUCAGCAUCGGCGUCAGCGGCACCAACUGAGACGUCGUCAUCCACUGAAAAGACGCACAACUCAGUAAUCAAAGAGUUGGGCGAGUUUGCGCAUUUUAUCACUCGGAAGUUCUUCAAGCUGUUGGCUAAAUAUCCCAACGUUGCCUCUGAGCUUUGCUUCUGUGCAAACACCCGCGAUGCGUACUCAAUGGAGCUGGGAUGGGCUGAAGUGAAGCAAGAAAAAACGAAGAAAGGGCGAAAAGCUGAAAAUGGGGACGACGAGCCAGAGGAACCCGUGCUGGAAAACAUUGACGAGGAUGAAGAGGCUGAAAAGGAAAUCGAGGAUGAAGAGGAAGAGGAGGAGGAGAAAGUUCUACAAGUUAAGAAAAAACGGAAAAUUGAAAGUCUAGACGAUGAUCAAGAGGAGAGCACUCCAUCUUCUAAGGAUUAUAUCGAUGAAGAGAAGGAUGAAGAUGAGGAGCAGAAUGUCUCUCAAAUUAAGCGAAAAAAAAUGAAGAUUUUCGAUGACGAUCAAGAGGAGGAGAGUGCCUCAGCUUCUAAGGAAAAUGCUACUGAAGAAGAGGACGAGGAGGAGCAGAGUAUCGCUCAAGUUAAGAAACGACGAGUUUUGAUUUUGGACGACGAACAAGAGGAGAGCGCUCCAAUUUCUUUGGAAAAUAUUGAAGUGGUGGUGGAGGAAGAGGAGAGUAUCGUUAAAAUUAAGAAAAAGAGAGCUACAGUGCUUGACGACGACGAGCCAAUAGAAAACGUUGUUCUAACUUCUAUGGAAAAUAUUGACGAGGAUGAGGUGGAGGAAGAAGAAGAAUUCGGUAUCUCUCAAGUCAAGAAAAAAAGAGUGCUGAUUUUUGACGAUGACGACGAAUGA